UAAUUAAUUUGUCUCCUGCAUUUUGCAUUAUGCACCAGCUAAUAAAGAGUGCAAAAACAUAUGUAUACUUACUUACACCCGUUAAAGUUUCAAAUGAAAAUAUCGAUAUAUCGAAAGUAUACAGUAGUGAACAAAUCUCGUAGAAUUGUAUCCGACAUGCAAUUUUGAAUCUGUGAAAUAACGGUGUCUAAGGUUUUGCAUAAAAUUAUUGAAAACUACCAUGAAUAAUGCGACUACUUAUCCUUCUUGUAUAAAGAUUGUAGGUUAAUAUUUUUAGCCGACCACUAAUUCAAAACAGAAUAACGUAAUGGUUUCUCAGAAAUUCGAUUUAAAAGAAGUAUUAACACUUAGUAGUGAAUUAAUAGCGUUAGCUAAUCGAAUAUUUGGGGAAAGAAAAUGGAAUCACAGUAUAACAAAUCAAACAAUUGAUUUUAUAGAACCUUUUAUGGGUAAAUAUGUUUGUGGUUGUGCAACAUUUGUUAAAAUUCAAUUAAAAGAUGGAACGUUCCAUGAAGACAUGGCAUAUUAUUAUGCAGAAGGAGCUACGAAAGGUUUAACAAUACAUACUGCGAGAAUUACUUCUCUUACAGAGGCCUUUAAGAAAACAUUAUCAUGUUUUGGUUCCAUAGAAUCUGACAUAGAGAAGUUAAUAAACAAAUCAUCUAAUUCACAUAUAAAUAAUAACUCAAAAGAAAAUGUACAAUGUCCUAUAUCUAGUUUAAAAGAUAAUGUACUUGAAACAUUUACUAAAUCUGAGUCAUUUGUAAAUCAAAAAAUCAUUCAAGAAGAAGAUAUGCAAGAAAUAAUAGCACGACCUGAAAGUCAAUGUAAUGAAACUGAACAGGCAGUAGUAUCAAAACAGAGUACCAAAUCAAAAAGUCCAAUAAUAAGUAAAAAAGAAACUAUUUUCAUAAAAAAUGUAAAUGGUACAAGAGGUCAGCAACAGUCCAAUGAUGUGAGUCAUCAAAAAGGAGAAGAUACCAAUCAAAAGAAACAGGAACAGCAAAAAGCAUUAAAUGAUGAAGAAAUUUUACGAAUGGAACGAAAACGAAAGCAAAUGGAAAAGCAAGCUGAAUACAAAAGAUUAAUGAAAGAAAAGGAACAGUUAAAGACAACAGAAAGUAAAAAAUAUAAUCCAAAAUAUUAAUGCAUAAAAGCAUUUAUGUAUAUCAUAGAGUAAAGAAUGUAUUGUGUAUAUCUAGUUUACAAUUUAAUAUUAUAAUAUAUGUAUAUUUUUAUAAACGUUUUAAAUAAUACAUGCUUAAGAGGAAAUAUAAUCAUGUGUCAUUUAUGUACAUAAAGUCGGCCACAAAAAUAUUGGGACACCAGUAUAAUUUUGACUUUAAGCAUUAUAUUUGGAACAAAUAAAUAAAUAUAUAUAAAAAUGACUUGUGACACAAAAUUUGACAUUUUACAAAUUUGUCCUGUAUAUUAAAGUAAUCACAAGUAAUAAACUAGCCAUUUUUUAUGAAUAUAUUUUUUAUAUUGUACUUUAACAUAAUUCAAGUCAUUUUUAUAUAUAUUUAUUUAUUUGUUCCAAAUACAAAGCGUAGAAGCCAAAAUUAUACUAGUGUCCCAAUAUUUUUGUGACCAACUGUAUGUGUUAUGUUAAACACGUAUCACAUGUUGUUCAAAUAUUAAGGUUAGGAAUUACUUUAAGUAAACAGAAUGUUUUGAACGUUAUUAAAGAUAUAUAAUUUACUUAAACCAAAAAUAUUUAAUUUUAUUAACUACUUGAUUAUUUUUUUUAAGUGGUUGAAUAAAAAAAAUAAUAAUUUAUAGAUAACUUUUACUGUUAAAAAGA